CCCAUCCCCCACACAUCCCAAAAAUGGACAGCUCAAGCAACCGACUCUUCCGCUUCCCCAAGCCAGAAUGGCUGAAUAACUCCGCCGUCCGCAAUGGCGGCGUCUACGUCGCAGGCGCCCUGUUCGCAGCAGGCUUCUUCUUCCUAGUCGAUGUCGCCUCAUUCUCGCGCAGCCCGCGCAACGGCUCAGACGUGCAUAUCAAAUUCGUCGACUGGAUCCCCGGUAUCUGCUCCGCGCUGGGGAUGCUGGUUAUCAACUCGAUUGAGAAGAGCCGCCUGCAGGCUGAUAGCUUUAGUUACAGCGGGAGUGGGGUUGCGUGGAAGGCGAGAUUCGUGCUGUUUUUGGGUUUUGCGCUGCUUGCUGGUGGUUUAGCUGGGAGUGUGACGGUUAUGGUCCUGAAGUAUCUCAUCAAGGAUUAUCCUAUCCAGACGCUUUACUUUGGAAUUGCGAAUAUUGUGGCGAAUGGUCUUGUUAUGCUCAGCUCGAUCGUACUCUGGGUCUCUCAGAACAUCGAAGAUGACUACACCUACAAUCUGGCACUGUGAGGCAGGCUGUUUCAAUCUAUAACUCGUCUUUCUGUAUUCUACUCGAUUUCCUUGCUCUGAUGACUUUUUGCCAGGAUGCAUUAUUGCAUCCGCAUCUUUGGCUGGGAUUGGCGCUUUAGCAUGAAUUCAUUUACAUUUCUCUUACG